UCCCCUCAAUCCACAUUAUUUUAACGUCAACAGCCAGGAAGAAGUGGUAAAGCUAACUGAGAAAUGUCUUAAUAAUGCCAUUGAGAGCCCAGGAUUGAAUGCCAUGAGACUGCCUGCUGACUUCAAGAGUAACAUUUUGAAGGCUCAAGUAGAAGCAGUGCAUAAGGUUACAGGAGAAGAUAGCUUAUUAAGUCAUAAAAACACCAGUGUUCAGGAUGCUGCCACAAACAGUGCUGUAUUAAAUGAGAAUGUGUCCCUCUGCAAAGAUUCUCUUGUGGUUCAUACCACACCCACAGACAGCGAUUCUAUUCUAAAGGAUGCAACAGAUGAAUUGGACGCCUUACUCUUGUCUCUAACUGAGAAUCUAAUUGACCAGACAGUCACACCCCAGGUGUCUUCAACAUCCAUAAUCACGCCCCGGUGGAUUAUUCCACAGUGUGGUGCCCUUUCUAAUGGACCUGCACAGUGUGGAACGGCUCCGGCAGGAACAGAGGGACAUGGUAAUAAAGACGGAAUCCUACUCAUCUCUGCCCCAGCACCAUUCUUAGUAGAUGCUGUGACCAGGCAACACCUGCAGCUGUGUCUGGCAACCCUGGGGCAGAUAACCACAGACAGUUAG